ACGGUGCUGUUUAAAGGGCCCUGAAAUAGCCGUGGAUCAAACAGCCGUCACUCAGGUGUGAAUUGUUACACUUGUGCUGAAAAGGCAGCCGUCGCGUGCAGGUGCGCAACAGCUGCUCUCCGAACCAGCUCAAAGUCAUGCAUUCAUCAGGAGGCUCUGUGAAAGUUUAUUCACUUAGGCGAGCGUCGGCCCCGUCUAACAGCAUCUGGAUGGAUUAUUAUUUUCACACGUCUCACCCUGUAUGGCGUUUAUAAUGGGAAGCGGUUCUGGCAAAGUGUUACCCGAGCCUUCUAAAAAUGGAUGUUUUUGCCUUUUCCACUCUGUUGUGAACUUCAAGAAACAAGAGGCUGACGGGGAAGAGUGUAAAGAGAAACGGCAAGCUUGGUUUUGGAGGAGGAGAAGUGACAGAAGAGCUUUCCGGGGAGGAAUAUCAGAAGGAGUCGGAGAUUCGGUUCAUCUGGAGGAGCCGGUGACGAGUCCUAACGCAAAGUUUCGUGCAAAGUUUGAUCCGCGCGUCACAGCGAGGUAUGAAAUCAAGGCUCUGAUCGGCCGUGGCAGCUUCAGCCGCGUGGUUCGAGCUGAACACAGACGCACACACCAACCCUUCGCCAUCAAGCUUCUGGAGGUCAAAGGUCAGGAGGGCCACGAGGCCUGUCAGACGGAGCUCGGGGUCCUGCGGCGGGUGAACCAUAGCAACGUCAUCCGCCUGGCCGAGGUGUUCCAGACGCAGCAUCGCGUCUAUCUGGUUCUGGAGCUGGCCACGGGAGGAGAGCUCCUGGAGCGCGUGGUCUCCCGAGGAACCUUCAGAGAACGGGACGCCACCAAGGCCUUGAUGAUGGUGUCCAGCGGCCUGCGCUAUCUACACAUGCUAGGCGUCAUCCACAGAGACCUCAAACCCGAAAACCUGCUGUACUACCACCCGGGACAGGACUCGCGAUUGAUCAUAACAGACUUCGGGCUCGCUUAUGCUGAGAGGAGCUGUCGGGUUAAAGACUGGGCUGUGAGGACGCUCUGCGGCACGCCGGAGUACCUGGCCCCUGAGAUGCUGGCGAGGAGACCCUGCAGCAGCGCUGUGGAUAUGUGGGCUCUAGGAGUCAUCACUUACAUCCUGCUGAGCGGCUCUCUGCCCUUCGACCAGAGCAGCCGGCCGCGGCUCUUCAGGGCCAUUCUCAGGGGUAGCUACAGUUUCCAUGGAGACUCGUGGAGAUCAGUGUCUACAUUGGCCAAGGGCUUCAUUGAUCGCCUCCUGACCCUUGACCCCGAGCGCCGGAUGACCGCUGAGGAAACUCUUCAGCAUCCUUGGCUGGUCAGCAUGGCAGCCUGUUCCUCCAACAAGAACCUACACCGCUCCAUUUCCCGAAACCUCCAGCGGCGGGCGCGCCACGGGCCUCCCCCUCGAUGCCCCAGCUCUGCUCCUGGCUCUCGGAUAUCAACCAGAUCUGGGUCAACAACCUAUUUUAAGGGUUAG